CCAGGAUUCUCAAUGCUUAGGUCAACGGUGAAAAUUAUUCUUAUGGACCAUCAAAAAUAUGGUCCCAAUGACCAGGUGCAUGUGCAGAGGUCAUCAGUCAAUCAGUGCGUUGAUCAUGGAUGUAGUUCGCUUGGGUUGACAUAUGCAAAUUAACACAUCACUACGCCGAGGUUCCGUCACUUGUGCACUGAGUCUGUUGGAUAUAGCAGGUAGCUGUCUGUAAAAGUGUGGACUGUAGACGUACCGUCUUUCCAACAAAAUGGGGAAAAUCAGUGAUUUCUUCUUUGAUUCAGACGACAAUGACCCAAAGGAUGUGAAGGAGGAUGUGAAGCAAUGCGAGAUGCCAGAUGACAUGAAACAACAUGCCAUCGACACAGCAAAACCUCUGGUCGCAAAGAAGAAGCCUCACAAGGAGGUCGCCUCGACCUUGAAGAAGGAGUUUGACGAGAAGUACGAGGCGACAUGGAUCUGUAUCGCUGGUACGGACUACGGUUCGUCCAUCACUCACGCCAAGGAGUGCUUCAUCUACUUCUACCUGAACAAAACCGCCAUCAUGCUCUUCAAGGCUUAGAGGUCAUCCUGGAAGACAGUGCAAGGUCAU